AAAUUCCUGGAGCUUCUUCGAUGUCUGUUGUUACCUUGAGCUGCAUGUCGCUGCUAUCUCGUUUCGCAUAAGACUUUCCCUCGUCUUCUCUUCGUCAUCGCCGUUAUUCCGCGUCGCUGGUGAUCCUUUGUCUCAUUGUGCUGGGGCAACUGCACCUCAGCUCCAGGCAGAAGGGCAAUUCUUCGAAAUGGCACCCACUGUGGAAUCCCCCAGCAUCUUUGACGACGCCACCCGAAGUCCUUCCAGGCCCUCAGUCUUCCGAGCAUUCUUGUCCCCGAAAUCCCACAAACGGAACUCCUCUGCGGAUGACGCCUUCCCCUCCAAGGCUUCUUAUGGAAGCCAGUCUUCCGACGGUUCCACUACACCGCCUGGUGAUGGGGCCUAUGCGUCAUUCAACCAACAACCACUCACGGAAAUUGCCCCAAACCGGGAAUCGGCCGACAUAGGCUCAGCCCAGAGAUCGCCGGGGAAGCAAGGGAAGAAUACACUGCACAAGAAGACCAAGAGUGCGGUCUCCCUAAAGUCUCUCAAGAGCUACAUGGAGCGAAAAGAGCCCAAACCGGAGGAAGCCCUGGAUGUUGACGCGCAGAACCUGAGGCCAAAGAAGGCUAAGUCGGCCAACAGCCUCUCUGCUAUCCUGAGAAGGUCGCAACGCGGAAACAAGACGGAGGGUUCCAAGACUGCUAGGGACAAGGAGAAUCGAAGCCCAUCGGAUUUAGUUGACGGCAUGGCCUCACCCGCCUGGGACCAGUUUGUGCCGCCCUUGUACCCCGACCAAGCCGCACUGUCUCCAACACAGAACAAGCGUAGAACCAUGCAAGAGGAGACAGCCCCAUGUACACCCAGGGCAUAUGGACCGACACAUCAAAGUAAUCUCUGGGACUACGAUCAGCAGCCAUCUCCCACUCCUCGCACUUUACGGACCGAACCCAAACCGCGACCGAAAUCAGACUACCUCGCUGGAAGCCGCAGAAUGAAGGAAGUCCUGGCCCCUUUACAGGCUCUAUCUUCCGACAAGACGGCGACGACGGACACAGCGGGAUCAUCGCCAUCCAAGCGAUUCGGAAGACCUCGAGCAUUGUCACGGCCAGAGAAGGGCGAGAAAGCUGAACUGGCGCGAGAGCAGAGCCCAAAGGUCUCUCGCGUUCAGGCCGCUAUCUCCGCGUUGAAUGCUAAAGAACAGGAGGCUGAACUGCGGAAACGCCUAAACCCGAAGGAACUCGACUCAGAAUUCGAGAAAUUACUGGAUGCGCGGAACAUUCCUCACAACAUGCGAGACAAAAUGCGAUCUUUGGACACCAACAUCAAGGCCGAUUUUAUCUUGAAAGAUCGAACGGAGAACACGACCCCAUAUACUGCUAGCAGCAGUGCGAAUGACAGUACCGGUCGUCGAGGACGCAGAAAGGAACACAAGGAAGAAAGACAGAACUACGAUAGCAAAGGUUCACGAUCCCGAUCCAGGAGUCGUGGUUUCAGCUUCUCCAAAGGCAGCUCGUCGCCCAAGAAGCGCCCGGACAGUGGAAGCUUCUACCGUCGUCCCAAAUCCGCCGAUUACUCUUUGCCCGCGGGCUUCUCUAAACUUUUGACGCCCAAUGCUUCCACCACCUCGCUUUCCGCGACGGCGCGCGACACAGCCACUGACCCAUCAGACUUUGUCCACUAUCUAAGGGAGAUUCAGAAACCAGAGAUGAUAGAGAUUGGCAAAGUACACAAGCUUCGAAUUCUUUUGCGCAAUGAGACUGUCAGCUGGGUUGACGCGUUCAUUGCAGAUGGUGGCAUGGACGAGAUAGUCCAGUUACUUUAUCGCAUCAUGAAAGUUGAGUGGAGAGAGGAACACGAGGAUAACCUACUUCACGAGACUUUGCUAUGUCUCAAAGCUCUUUGCACUACCUCUAUCGCACUCGAGCACCUCUCCAAAAUUGAAGGAGAACUCUUUCCAGCCUUGCUCAAGAUGCUCUUUGACGAGGAGAAGAAAGGACCCAGUGAAUUUACCACCCGAGGCAUUAUCAUCAACUUGAUUUUCACUCAGCUUUCGGCUGUAUCCUCGGAUGAGAUGGCUGCUGACCGUGCCUCGCGGAUCCUCUCGUACUUGCGCGACCCUUCGCCAUCCGAAGAAAACCAGCCGCUAACCUUCAUUGCGAACAUUUACCAGUCACGUCCUUACCGAGUCUGGUGUAAAGAGGUUACGAAUGUGAGCAAAGAAGUCUUCUGGAUUUUCUUGCAUCAUCUGAAUGUGAUUCCGACCCCGAAGGAUGAAACACCUUCAUCAGCAACAUACCGAGAGCGACACUUCCCAGUCCCUCGGCCGCCGGUGCCAGCUGCACCCUAUGUCGGCGGUGUCGAAUGGGAUGCUACCAACUAUCUGGCGGCUCAUUUAGACCUAUUGAAUGGAAUCGUGGCGUCUUUGCCCACUACCCAGGAGAGAAAUCAACUGCGUGCCGAGCUCCGAGCUUCAGGGUUUGAAAAGGUCAUGGGCGGUACUUUGAGGACUUGCAAGGAGAAGUUCUAUUCCUCUGUGCAUGAUUGCCUCCGCACCUGGGUUGCCGCGGCAAUCGAUGAUGAGUGGCCGCACUUGCCUGUUCGUGAGGGACCUCCUCGCCCGGAGAUUCGGUCACCAUCCAAAUCCCCGGUCAAGGCAGCAGGUGGAAGCCCUAAGAAGGGUCUGCUGGACGAGCCUCCCAAGCUGGAACUGGCGCUGGACGUCCCUGCCAGUACCGGAUUGCCUCCGAGCAAUGGCAUUGGCAACUGGCUGUAGACCUUACUGUUUCGCGAUCGGUGAUGGCCACAUGCUACCCUGACCAGCCAUAGCACCUUUGCUAAGACUAUUUUACCCUGACAGGGCCUGUUUAUGCAAUCGUUGCCGGAAGAUCCAACAUUGCUUGAUUUCAUUACUUUUCUUGUCCCAUCUUUGUUUCUGACGAUUGCGGAGUAUCUGGGAUUGGAAGGCGCUGGCAUUUUCUAAGGUGUUUUGGGUGCAUUUGUC